UCCGUUUUCAAAAGUAAUUAAUCGAAAGCUUCGUGCUUCGUAGAAGAAAAAAAGUUGUCUCGAACUUUUUAGUACUUUUAUUACUUUUUCUCUCUCAAUGAUUUCACGAGAUAAAAACCUGUAUACUCAGUGGUGCAACUUUUCUUUCGCUAUCUGGAAGAAAUCAGCUUGAAAAAAAGCAAUGACAAAUUUGGAAUUGACAUGUAAAACCUUUAUCCAAUUAAAUUAAAUUAAAUGUUGAAAGCACAUUACAGAUAAGAAAAUUAUAGAAACAGCAGUGCAGUAAUAAAUAAUAAUCCCUAAUGAGUGUUGUGAUUUUGUGAUAACGACAUAGACUUACUUAACCGUCAAGGUUCAGAUGAUUUAAUCAGUAUGAAGAUAAAAUGUUUUUGUAGUUGCAUAUUGUAGUCAAAUUUACAUAAUUAACCAGCGAUAUAAAAAAAACGCGAUGUCGACGACCGAUAUAACUGAUUUUAGUGAUUUGCAAAAUAUAAAUUACUUCGACAAUGAGACCUUUGCACCCAACAUCACAAACCAGACCUCUUUGUAUGACACGCUUGCUACCGACCUGGAUGGUUUUCAAAUCACUAUGAUUUGUCUGAAGAGUUUUAUUUUCGGAUCAAUCAUAAUUGGAGCUGUGCUUGGGAAUGCAUUAGUGAUAUUAGCCGUACGAAGAAAUCGGAAAUUAAGAGUAAUAACCAACUAUUUUGUUGUAUCACUAGCGAUGGCAGACAUGUUAGUGGCUCUUUGUGCUAUGACAUUUAAUGCAUCGGUAAAUUUGUCAGGAGGCAAAUGGCUUUUUGGUCCGUUCAUGUGUAAUGUUUGGAAUAGCUUAGAUGUUUAUUUUUCAACCGCAAGCAUAUUGCAUCUGUGCUGCAUAUCGGUAGACAGAUACUUCGCAAUUUGCCGACCUUUGGAAUAUCCUCUAUACAUGACGAAGAAAACUGUCGGACUUAUGUUAGCUAACGUGUGGAUUCUUCCAGCUCUUAUUUCAUUCAUCCCAAUCUUUCUUGGUUGGUAUACAACCAACGAGAUUCUCCGUCAUAUGAUUGAACAUCCUAAUGAAUGCAAUUUCAAUGUUAAUAAAAUUUAUGCUGUUGUUUCAAGUUCGAUAUCAUUUUGGAUACCAGGAAUUGUCAUGAUUACUAUGUAUUAUCGGAUUUUCAAAGAAGCACUUCGACAAAGAAAAGCUCUCAGCCGCACAAGCUCAAAUAUUUUGCUGAACAGCGUACAUUUACAGAAUCAAUCUUAUAAUUACCAACCACCAAACAAUCGGUUAAAAUUACAAAAUUCCCGUCCAAGUGACUGUCAAGAGCCGAAUCUUAUUAUAAAGGAAUCCCAGCAAGAAAGCCAUAGCGAGAUAAGUGACUUGGAUUUACCAGCUAUAUUAUGUCAAGAUUACCAGGAAUACGAUGAGCUUAAAGUUCCAUCAUCGCCCCCACGUCGUUUAAGUCGCAGCAGCAUUGAUUUGAGAGAUUUAGAGCACGAGAGAGAGAAAAGUAUGGCUCAGCAGAACACAUCAGAAAGCGUCUCAUCCAUUUAUCACUGUUUUGAUACACACAUGCGAUAUUCGGGCAGUGAGCCCAUAAAUACGAAUCUCAAAGCAUUAGAGAAUCAAUUCAACAUGAAAUCUAAUAAAGAAGAUGGUGCUGAUAAAGAAAAUGUCGAAAGUAAAUCUUCCGUAAAUCAAAUUCCUUUCACGAACAACUUUGAACAUUCGUCAACUACAAAGGAGAAUGACAACAUGAACUCGAUAACUUCAGCCUCGAUAAUCAAAGACAAUCAAGUUAAUAUAAGCGGCUGUAGCUUAAACAAUUCACAAAUCAACAAGAAGCAGUCAAAGAAAAAGAUUUUAGCUGCGAGUGAUUCAGACUUUUUCUCUCUUCUUCGCUACAACUCCGAGAAGUUACGUCGAAUCAAUUGCUUCUCGAUUAGUACAAACAACAAUGGCAAUAAACCGAAGAACAUGAUCUACGCAUUGAGUGACUCUGAUUUCUUAAUUGGUGUAAAUGAUAAAAAUAAGAACCUAAAUUUAAAUAAUGAAAGAAAAAGUCAAGCAAUAGUAAACAAGAGUGAUAUUUUUAAUUUUUUAAUAAAUCAGAAAAGUAUUGAUUAUAAAAAUUUAUUAGACAGCAAUUUUGCACAGAACAAUCAGAAGAAGUCAUCGGAUGUUGACUACAAGAAGCACUUUGAUAAUCCUGAUUUAUUCAACAUGGAAAAAUUGAAAGCUGUAUUCGGUGAGACUGCAACAGAUUCAGAUAAAGCGAAAAUUAUUGAGUCGAUUAGCUUGAACGAUGACUUGAGCGUGGAAAAGACAUUAUUAAGGAAAGAGACAGUUUCGUUGCCACCGAUGAUCAACAACAGUCAGAGUAUUGACACUGUGCUUCUGAACAUAAAGAAUAAUGCUGACAAAUUGUCGAGUGUGAAACCAUCUUAUGAUUUUUCUAAAAAUACUCUGCCCGUACCGCAGACCAAUCACAAUGAUGAUGCUGAUAAUGGAGUAAUAAUAACAGCUUCUUCACCCACUACUCGUAUUAUGUCUGAUAGUUUGAAGAAAUUAAAUGAAAGUACAAGCAUACUAAACGUACAAGAAAACCUGUCCGAAGACAACAAUAAAGGCUGUACAAAGUGUUACGAUGUAAUGAAUCCUGUCAGCAUGGAAGAGAAGAAUGUCACAAGACGAAAGCGAACCCCUUCAAACGUAACUUAUAACGUGAAUGUUAUCAAUUUUCAAGCAGAAGACGAACAGGAUCAAACAUCAAUAACUGGAGGCUACGGCAAACGUUCAAACAGCUCAACAAGCUCAAAUCUUAUACAAACAAAGAAACAUGGAGAUAAAUGGUAUAAAGUUAUAGAACACAACAUUAACGCAAAUGAUUAUUGUAGUGAUUUGGAUGAAAAUGAAUUGACUGAUGAGGAAGAUUUAAAUAAUAACAAUCUCAAUAAUCAAUCAUUGUUGAGUAAUUACAAGUUGAGUGAGAGUGCAAGCACAGCACAUUCGAAUUGUGUUCGAGAUUUUUUCGAUUGUUUGAGAUUUAGACGUAAUUAUAAGCGAAAUCGAAAGAAAGUCGCAAAAGGCGCUGGAUCAACACGGCCGGCAAAGGGAUGGCGAGCUGAGCAUAAGGCGGCACGAACAUUGGGAAUUAUAAUGGGAGUCUUCUUACUAUGUUGGCUUCCUUUCUUCUUAUGGUAUGUGAUAACAUCACUUUGUGGACAUGAACUAUGUCCAAGUCCGGAUGAACUCGUUGCUACUUUAUUUUGGAUUGGAUAUUUCAACUCAACACUCAACCCAAUUAUCUACGCAUACUUUAACCGGGACUUUAGAGACGCUUUCAAAAACACCCUUCAAUCAUUCUUUCCAUGUUGCGUAAAAAAGGAUUAUUAUAACUCGAACGUACAUUAUGUUUAGCGCGUAUUUUAGAGAUAAAUUUUGUUGUGAAAACUCAAUGGAAAACAUUAGGUUGUGGUAAUUAUUUAUUUAUAUAUAUAUUUUACGAUAUUUAAGUAUUAUUCAAUUGUUAUGAUUUUCUAUUGUUGUUGUUGUUGAAUAUUUUGCUCACGUUUUGUAGCUCGAAAAUAAAUAGCUACAUAAACCUGCCACAUAUUCCCUCGUGAUAUUCACUCAUUGUUUCAAUUAGCAUGAAUUCAUAAAAAUAGAGUUCGAUGGGCAUAAACUCCAAAACAUCAUUGUUAAUUUAUGAAAACAUGAAAAUUGUGUAACACCUAGCGAGAACACAUUGAAGAACAUUGAAGAAAGAAAUGAGAAAAAAAUAUUAUGAUAAUUAUAAUGAAUGUGUAAAGAUUGCAAUAAAUAUAACUUGAAAUAAAA